CCAUUUUGUUUGUUUAUCCGCGCGCGAGACGCACGUGUCCAUUUUCGUCUGUUUAUCCGCGUGCGAGCCGCACGUGUCGUACGGAGAAACUGCGCUAUGAACGAUCCCGGCGCCUCGUCUGCUUCGCUCGCACCGGCAUCGGAGCGUCACAGCGGCAGCAACCCUUCGCAGCCACGGUCAACGUGGACGGAGGCGGAGACCUGGGUCUUGAUCCGGCUGUGGGAGGACCACCUCCCGCAACUCCGAGGGGAGAAACAUAACGCCAAAGUGUAUGACGCCAUUGUCGCAGCUCUUGCGCAGAGCGGCAUCAAGAGAACUCGCCGGCAGGUGCAGACCAAGAUCGACAACCUGACCCAGAGAUACAGAAAAGAGUCGCGGGAAAGGACGACAGGGUCCUCGCCGUCUCCCUGGCCAUUCUUUUCUGAAGUACACAGGAUCUUGGGUGCCCUGCCGGCGAAUGAUCGCUCCCUCAUUCAGGAGAGCCCUUGCUCUCCAAAUGAAACUGUUGAAAUGGUAAGUGCUAAUAUACGUGAUACGUUAACCUGUUUAUAGAAAAU